AGUCCCGUCACAGAAUGUUCCGGGAAGACAUGCAGAUACGACAGGGGUCAGUGGUGUUGUCCAGAUGGAUCCAUGUAGCGAACGGCCGAUGAUCGGACAUCCCUUUUUCAUCGUAAACCUUUCAUUGAAAGGACCGAACUUCUCUCCCCCCUCUCCGAUCCCACUCCUUUCACCAGUCCCCAAUUCCUAGGGUUUUCGAUUGGUUCUUUUUUAUCUCUUCCUCGAUCGAUCUCCGAGGUGUUUGCGCUCCUUCCAGUCUCUCAAUGGCGGUAGAUCCAACACCUGACAGCUCAGCCAGCGCGGAUCAGGCGGGUCCCAAGCCCCCCUCCAAAGACCCCAAGAAGAAGAAGGACGAGAAGAAAGAGGACGAUGUGUCGGAUGAAGAUUUGGCGUUGAAGCAGCAGCUCGAGCUUUACGUUGAGAGGGUUCAGGAUGCCGAUCCCGCCGUUCAGAAGUUCGCCCUCGAAAGCAUGAGGAAGGAGAUUCGUACGGCAACAAGCUCCAUGACAUCUGUUCCAAAGCCUUUAAAGUUCCUUCGACCCCAUUAUGGAACUCUAAAAGCAUACUUCGAUACGCUGCCAGAGUCUGACCUGAAGAAGUACCUAGCAGACGUUCUUUCUGUGUUGGCCUUAACGAUGUCUGCUGAAGGGGAAAGGGAGAGCCUGAAGUACCGAUUGCUAGGAUCAGAGGGUGAUAUUGGUUCUUGGGGUCAUGAAUACGUAAGAAACCUGGCUGGUGAAAUUUCACAAGAGUUUGCAAAACGCCAGCCUUGGAAAGCAGGAUAAUGUUGAAGCUACUGCGGAGGUCUCCAAGACAUUUAAUGAAAAAAUUAGAAAAUAUUGUGAUGUCACACUCUUGUCUUUGGCCUAUGCUGGAACAGGGAAUGUGCUUAAGGUCCAGAAACUUUUGGGGUACUGUGCUCAACAUCUAGAUAAGGGCGAGACUCAUCAGGGACCUGCUGUCCUUGGAAUUGCUCUUAUUGCAAUGGCUGAAGAAUUGGGUCUUGAUAUGGCUAUCCGGUCUCUGGAACACCUUUUACAAUAUGGAGAGCAGAACAUUAGACGAGCUGUACCUCUGGCUCUUGGUAUACUAUGCAUAUCCAAUCCAAAGGUCAAUGUCAUGGACACACUAAGCAGACUCAGUCAUGAUACAGAUGGCGAUGUGUCUAUGGCAGCAAUUAUUUCCCUUGGCUUGAUAGGUGCAGGCACCAAUAAUGCUCGAAUAGCUGGCAUGCUUCGCAACCUUUCAAGUUAUUACUACAAAGAAGCUGGCCACCUCUUCUGUGUGAGGAUUGCUCAAGGUCUUGUACACCUGGGGAAGGGUUUACUAACUCUUUCACCUUACCAUUCCGAUCGGUUUCUAUUGUCUCCGACAGCUCUUGCUGGACUUGUUACUGUAUUGCACGCUUGUUUGGACGUGAAGUAUGUUAUCCUUGGGAAGUAUCAUUACAUGCUUUAUGUCUUUGUCUUAGCCAUGCAGCCAAGGAUGCUAAUGACAGUGGAUGAAAAUUUGAAACCUCUCUCUGUUCCUGUACGAGUGGGUCAGGCUGUUAAUGUGGUUGGCCAGGCGGGACGGCCAAAGACUAUUACUGGAUUCCAGACGCAUUCUACCCCCGUCUUACUUGCAGCAGGCGAACGAGCUGAGCUGGCCACUGAGAAAUAUAUUCCACUCACCCCGGUAUUGGAAGGAUUUGUUAUCCUGAGAGAGAAUCCGGACUAUCAUGAUGAUCAUUAAGGACCUGCAACUGCACAUCCUGCAUGGAAGACCAGGUGAAGUAGGUGUAUGCACUUGGUGUUAGUUGCACUGCUUUGUUUGAGAAACAGUGGCUCUGACAGCUAUAAACACAUGGUUCUAGUUUGGAGCCCGAAUAUAUUGGUGAGAAAAGGAGCAGGGAAAGGGAUGCUAUGGUUGUAAAUUUUAACAAACACAAGAUAGAUUUUUCCAAAGAUUUUGUUUUUUAUUUUCUUAAACUACAUGCUACCUUGUCAUUCCAUUAUUUUUCCUAUUCAAAUGUCUGUGUUUCCUCUUUGAUGCAGAAAAA